AUGGACAUUUUAUCUUCUAUCCAAGAUUUCACCAUCGUGCAGGUCGGUUGCCCCCUUCGUUGCUCAUUUUGUGCCACGGGGAAGGGAGGGUUUGCAAGGAACCUUCAACCACAUGAGAUUGUUGAACAGGUGUUGGCCAUCGAGGAGACGUUCAAAUACAGGGUGACAAAUGUUGUGUUCAUUGGGAUGGGUGAGCCCAUGAUGAACCUCAAGUCAGUUCUAGAAGCACACCAAUGCUUCAAUAAGGAACUAAAAAUUGGACAAAGGAUGAUGACAAUAUCUACAGUUAGUGUUCCAAAUACAAUAAAAAUGCUAGCAUCUCACAAGCUUCAGUCAACGCUGGCAGUCAGUCUGCAUGCCCCAAAUCAGAAGCUGCGGGAGACGAUUGUUCCUAGCACCAAGACUUACCCCUUGGGAGCACUAAUGGAUGACUGUAAGAGUUACUUCCUUGAAACUGGGCGCAGGGUAUCCUUCGAGUACACUCUGCUAGCUGGGAUUAACGAUGAAAAAGAGCAUGCCGAAGAGCUAGCAGAACUACUUCGUAUGUGUGGAGGUGGUUACCAUGUGAACCUGAUUCCCUAUAACCCAAUUGAAGGCUCCGAGUACAAGAGACCUUACAGAAAAGUGGUCCAAGCCUUUGUUGAUGCUUUAGAAGCACGCAAGAUAACCGUCAGCGUUCGACGGACCCGUGGGCUUGAUGCUAACGUAGCCUGUGGGCAGCUGAGGAAUGCGUUUCAGAAGAAUCCACUACUUGAGAUUGAACCGUCACCCUCCAUAGAGCGGACCCUCGUAACUGCUUAA